AUGGAGAUGAUGAAAAAGUUUUGUACCUGUCUGACAUCUGUAAAACUCAGGGAGUACAUAAAAGACUACUGCAGGAGGAAUGGACUGCUGACCCUCUCUGUCUUCGCUGUGGUCACCGGCUGUGUGCUUGGAUUUACACUGCGUACAUUCAACCUCUCCACACAGGCCAAGAUCUACUUCUCAUUCCCUGGAGAGCUACUGAUGAGGAUGCUGAAGAUGUUGAUUCUGCCUCUCAUCACUUCCAGUCUUAUGUCUGGCCUGGCCUCCAUGGAUACAAAGGCAAGCGGCCGGCUGGGAGUCCUAACUGUCACUUACUAUCUGUGGACGACCUUCAUCGCCGUCAUCGUCGGCAUUGUGCUGGUGCUCAUCAUUCACCCGGGGACAGGAUCCGAGAAAGAUGGACACCAUGGAAUUACUGGGCCCGUUAUGACCUCUGCUGAUGCUCUGCUGGACCUCAUCAGGAACAUGAUCCCAUCAAAUCUCAUUGAGGCUACUUUUCAGCAGUAUCGGACAGAUUUGGUACCCAUUGUGCAGAAUGCUAAUGAGAAAGCAUCUCAAGCCAACUAUGUGUAUGUCAUGCCUGACUAUCAUAAUCCAAAACUGGGCCACCCAGUGUUCCUGGAGAUCACUCCUGCGCCCGACAUCAAGUAUAAAAUUGUCCCCAGUUCAAGCAAGGGCAUGAACGUACUGGGAAUUGUCAUCUUCUCAGCCACCAUGGGUCUGCUGCUGGGGAAGAUGGGAGAGCGUGGAUUACCACUGGUCAACGUGUGCCAGUGCAUCAAUGAGUGUGUAAUGAAGAUCAUUAACGCUGCCAUGUGGUAUUUUCCUUUCGGCAUUGUGUUCCUGGUUGCAGGGAAGAUACUUGAUAUGCAUGACCCAGCCCACCUGGGAGAGAAGCUUGGCAUGUACUUCAUCACUGUCCUGUGUGGUCUUUUUGUGCACGGCCUCAUCCUGCUGCCUCUCUUCUACUUCAUACUUACCCGCAAAAACCCCUUUGUGUAUAUCAGAGGGCUGCUGCAGGCUCUUGUUAUUGCACUGGCCACUUCUUCCAGCUCAGCUACACUGCCAAUCACCAUGAAGUGUCUCCUGGAGAACUGUGGGGUGGACCGGCAGAUCGCUCGCUUUGUACUGCCAGUGGGCGCUACCAUUAACAUGGAUGGGACAGCCUUGUAUGAGGCAGUGGCGGCUAUCUUUAUUGCUCAGGUCAAUGAGUAUGACUUGGAUUUUGGCCAACUAGUCACUGUAAGUAUAACAGCAACAGCAGCCAGCAUCGGAGCAGCUGGGAUUCCUCAGGCAGGUCUGGUUACCAUGGUGAUUGUCCUGACCUCUGUGGGGUUACCACCUGCUGACAUCUCCCUGAUUGUGGCCAUCGAUUGGGUUCUUGAUCGGUUCCGCACAAUGAUCAAUGUUCUUGGAGAUGCCUUAGCCGCCGGCAUUAUGGCUCAUGUAUGUAAGAAAGACUUCGACAGAGCUGCAGCUGCCCGUGCUGCUGCUAAUACCAAUACUCUCACUCCUGUUGCCAUGCCAGUCAGUCCAACGGGACGGAGAGAUACAGUGAUCUCCUUUGGUAAUCAGAGUGUGGCAAUGUCUGACGCUCCUCUGCUUGCACACCGCUGUGAUUACAUGUAUGAGGUGGAUGGAGACAGCGUGCUGGAGAGACCUGUGCCCUCCUACAACCUCUGCCAAGUCUGAGACACUUUACUGGAUGGACAGAAAGGGAUGCACAGCCAAAGGCACAGCUUGAGGCUCCAAGAGUUCAAGUUAAGUUUGGUUUCUGGACUUAAAGAAAAGGGGGGAAAAAAGGAGACCAAACAUUGAGCAGAUUGAGGUGUUGGGGCUGAGUGGCUUAAAUGUAUUUUGCUUGUGCCAUGCCGACAACAGAAACCUACUUCACUUGAUACACUCUAUGCCUCUGUUCAGGUUGGACUGGAGGGGGAGAUGUGAGGAAAUGAGCUUUAUGGGUAACCUGAAUCUUAAAAUGUUUAUUAUUUGACAUGAUAAUGAAUUGUAAUGACUUUUAUUUGAAGAAAUAAGUGUUGAUGAGCCUGUGGAGACAGCUAGACAUUCACAGUAGGCCUGUCUGGAUGUGGUCUGAUUGCAGGUUUGACCUCAAGGUUUUAAAUUGCCUUAACACGACCUCAGUUUUGACAGUGAUGCUGAGAAAUGUGAAGACUUGAAAGUCAACAGAAACUGAUUGUUUGUUCAAGAUAUGCUUUACCUAUUUAUACAUUAAAUCCUUAUUGAAGUAAUACUGAGGAAAACAUUGUCAUAACCCUCCUGACACACAGAAUGAUUAUUUUCUGUUUUUAUACUUGUGCUUUGACAUUUGUGUUUGUUUUCUAAUAAAAAAAUUAC